UGGGUGCGCCGGCGCCGAGCGGCGCGGCGGCCGCGGAGCCAUGGGGAAGAGCCGGGCGCGGCGGUUCCGCAGGGCCCCCUUCUCCCCCGCCGGCCCCGAGCAGCGCCGCGAAGGGGAGGGCGGCCCCGAGGAAGAGCCGGCCGCGGAGCUGCUGGAGAAGCUGCAGCAUCCGAGUGCUGAAGUGAGAGAGUAUGCCUGUGCCAGUAUUUCCAAGCUGUUGCAGCAGAAGCAUGUAAUCCCAGCCUUUCUGCAGAGAGAUGUUGUCCGAUGUUUAGGACCGUUGUUGAUGGAUCACAGUUUAGCUGUUCGUGAGACAGCUGCAGGUGCUCUCCGAAAUCUGAGUGCUUGUGGAGGAUUUGAAGUCUGUGAUGACAUGGUGACAAAAGACAUCAUGACACCCCUUGUUGCACUUCUUAAAGAGUGUAGUACUGGACUAGAUGCUAACCAGCUCUCUCCAAAGAAAUGCAGAGACAUGAACAAAAAUUAUAUUGAAGACAUAGCUAAUGAGGCUAUUAAUUUGCUGUGGAAUGUAUGUGAAUGCAACAAUACCGCAGUAUACAUAUUCAAUAAAGAAGGAUGUCUGGAGGCUGUGUUACAUUACAUGAAGAAAUUUUCCACAAAUGUGGAUCUGGCUAUUUCAGUAGCAAACUGCUUGCAGGCAGUGACGGAAGAUAAUCCAGAUCUUCUUUCUUCAUUUAAUGCUUCUGCACAGCAAGUAUUGGAAACUGUGAUGUUGUGUCCAGAGAGCACAAUGAAGCAUAUCCUUCUGAGAACGCUGAUAGCAGGCACUAUCUGGAAUAUCAAGGAUACCAUUCCACCAGGCAGUCUGGGAAGCAUGGUUAAUGCAAUCCUGAAGAUUUUUUCAGAAUCAUUAGCAAUAGAUGCUGGCGAAAUGAUUAUUAGUAUGAAUGAAGCUGAAAAGAAGAGGUUAAAACUUGCCGCGGAGGCAGAAACAGAGGAAAACAUGAGUGAUGUUAUAGAUAACUGUGUUUUGAGUGAAGAUGAUGACAUGGAAGAAAUACCAAAAGGAAAAGUCAGGAGAGAAAAUGACAUUUCAGAUCUACUUCCGUCUGAUAAGUGGGAACUGAAAGAAGUGACAGCUUUACUGAUGGCUCAGCAGACUGCUCUGGAAAUCAUUGUUAAUAUGUGCUGCAGCGAAGAUCCCUCUGAUGAUGAAUGGGAAGAACUCUCCAGCAGUGAUGAAAGUGACUUGUUUAUGGAAAACUCAUACAAUGAGGGGAGUGGGCUGCUCAUGUCACCCUUGUGCCUCUCUGAUGAGGUUAACUCAGCAUUUCUGAACAACCUAAUUCCAAAGAAGAUUCUUGAAAAAACUGGUUUUCCGAACAGUGUUGCUCUAGACAUCUGUAUGCACAAUCCGUCUUGGAAACCAUUAAUUAAAAAACUGAAUGCAGUGCAGUGUAGAGCUUUAACGUGUCUUCAUAGCAUUUUGUUAGUGUCAGACGUGGAUUGUCUUGGAGGAGCUUCAGCACUUCAGUCCCUUGCACAGCAUCUCUCACAGCUAGUCUUUUCUAAAACGGAACUCCCUGCAGACACAGAAUUCCUGGAAGCCAUAACCAGUGCUUUGAGGGCUCUUCUACAAACAAUGGCAUCAAAGAACAUCUCCCAGUGUAUGACUCCUGAGCAGCUAUUGGCUUUGUGUGAAGCUGGUAUUCACAGCAGCAAUGCCAGUGUUAGAGUGAAUGUAGUGAGCAUCCUUGGAAUUUCUGGCAGUGUCCUAGCAAAAGGACAAGAUACAGCUGAAACACUAAAGAUGAUUGGAAAAUUUCUUCUUGAGGUUGCUAUGAAGGAACCUUCUCUUGUGGUAGCAGGGGAAGCCUUGGAUGCACUUUUUGAUGUAUUUGCAGAUGGUAAAGAAGCAGAAAAGGCAGCGGUACAGAUCAAGUUGCUUCCAGCACUGAAAGAAUUUCAGCCAGUGUUCAAAAUGAGGAUGCGAAAAGAAGGCAAAGGACAAUAUAGUACAGAUCAACUGUGUGUUCUUGACAAUGUGAAGAUGAAUUUGAGAAGAUUCAUUGCAUAUCAGGAGACACUAGGGAAAACCCCAACUUGAAACAUCGAGGAACUUUAAACUAAGGUUUCCCUUAUUGAAUAAUGUUUUCCAAAAAUAUAAUCAUUUUGAACUUCUAAAAUUUAUUGAGCAGAGCAGUUUUGCUUUCAUGUUAAUACUGCAUUUUUUUUUACAUUCAGUAUUUUUAUAUUUCUGGGUUGAUGCAAUAUGAAAGUCACAUCAGCGUAAAAAAAUAUAGCAUACUUUGAGAUUAGGUGUUAGCAGUGAUAAGAAUGUGCUUUUGCAGUCCUGAGGUCUGUACAUAGCACCACUGCCAUUGUUUAGAAAUCCUCACAUAUCCUGGUGGAAAACUAUAAUUGCAUGAAAAAGUAAUUUAGAGGAUAUUCUUGGUUAUGUGCCAGGUCAAGAAAAAAAUUUUAAAAGCUCAAGAUAUUUUUCAGGGAAUUGAGCAGUGGCAGAAUGCUCAUAUUUGCUAUUCGCUCUUACCUGUUUCUAGAAUUGCACAGGCACUUACAGCAAACUUCCCAAGAGAAGCGUGUGACAAAUGUGUGGAUUACUGUCAGCACUUGGAUCUGUUACUUCAUGAGGUUUAUUGAAGACUGUUUCAGAUUCAUUUAUGAUAAAUUCAGUAUGGUAGGUUUUUGCUGUGGAAAUAAGUGUAAGAAGAUCCUACACUUACAUGGAGCUCCCUGGUUUUACUUAAUUUUGAUUGGUAUUUCUGAAAAUCAAGUCUCCUGAUUUACUUUCUUCCUUGUAAUUCUACAUCUGAUGAAUUUGAAUUCAGGGAAGUAGUAAACCUAAUAUUUUUUUUUUUUAUACUGAGAUAUUAUCUAAGUAACUUUAUAAUUGCCUAAAAUAUCUUUUUCAAAUAUUUCUGAUAGAGAUUUUUUUAAGCUGUAAAAUACAGAAACUAUUUUCAAAAAAUGUCACUGAUUGAUGAAGAUUGUAUAUGAAGUUCCAUAUAUCAAAAGCUUCGGUUUUGUUUCUGUGAAUGAGAUCCUCUCAUACACGUUUUUUUAAGGAAAAAAACCCACAACGAAACACAAAAGCAUCUUGUUAUGCUGAUUUUUGAAAUGGGAGUUUUUCUCCCCUUCUUCUCUUAACAUGCUGCCUUAGCACAGGCAUCUAGUUUUUGGCAAACUUUUGCCCAUGGUGUUAGGCAUGGAACUACCAAGACCAAAUUUGCUCAGUUUGUUAGAUUUCAGUCUCUUAGAUUGGAAAGCAGGCUCAGGAACUGACCGGCUAACUUGCAAAUGACUUGACUUUGUGAAAUCCUGACAUAUGGUACUUUGUCAAAUGCAAGAGAAAGUGAAAAAUUAGUUUAAGCAGCUAUACUGCCUGGAAGUCCUGUUAGUGCUAUUACUUUACAGGAGUUGGAUGAAAUGUGUGAUGUGAUGCGAUGCAAUGCCUGCUAAUCAAAUGAGUGAGUGAGAGUGUGGGAUUGGGAGGGCUCCAGGGCCAUUGAGCCUGGCCUGGAGAAGUCCUGAGGAGCACAGAGCGGUUGAAAGGUUAUCCUGGGAUUUGGCGGGGGCAGGCAGCGAAGAGGGCUGGAGUGUAACAGCUGAGGAAGGAGCAGCUAGGUGGGUUAUGGCACAGUGCGUGGAUUUUAAUCCUCAUGUUAGUUAUAUUUGCUGUACACUGAUGGUAGUAUAAUAUUAGCCUGAUAAAAGGUAUUAAUACUUGUUUGGAGCACGUAAAAGGAUUUUCACGCAGAAAGUUCUGCGCUCACUUUCUGGGUGCUACAUUGAAAUGCAGGAUCAUCUAGGUUGGAAAGGAUCUCUGGAGGUCUCCUAGUGCAAUCCCCUGCUCAAAGCAGGACUUAAUUUGCAGUCAGAUAGGUUGUGCUAGGCCUUGAACAUCUCCAAGGAUGGAAAUCCCACAACUCCUGACUGCCCUUGCUGUGAACAUUUUUUUUUUUUUUCCUUUUUCCCCUUGUGACUAGUAGGAUUUCCCCCUGCUGCAAAAAGUGCCUGUUUUCCUUUGACUGCACACCACCAAGAAGAGUCUAGCUCCACCUCCUUUAUAACCCCUAUUUGGUAGUUGAAAACAGCUAUAUUCCCCUCUUCUCCAGGCUGAAUAAACAUAGCUCCCUCAGCCCUUCCUUGUACAUCACGUGCUCUAGCUCUCUAACCAUCUUGGUGGCCUUCUGCUUGACCUGCCCUAUGGCAUCUUGUACUGGGGGGCCCAAAACUGGACGCAGUACUCCAGGAUAUGGUCUCAUGAGUGCUGAGUAGAGGAAAGUAAUCAAUUUUCUUGACCUGCUGGCCAUGCUUCUGCCAAUGCAGCCUGUUAUUUAUUAGCUGUCAUCACUGCAAGGGUGCACUGCUGCCUUCUCUUCAACUUACUGUCCACCAGGACCCAUAGGUCCUUUUCUCCAAGGCUGCUCUUUGGUCAUUCAGUCAAGAGCCUGCUCUGUUUCAUGGGAUUACCCUGUCCCAAGUGUAGCACUUUGCAUUUUACAUCCAGCGUAGCAGUCAGAAUCUGGUUCCAGGGGACUGUUAGAACAAUGAAGUAUGUUAUUUUUUGUUUAGGGUUUUAUUUUUUUAGGUUACUAAUGAAAAGAAGUGUUUCAUCUUCAAAUAUGAAUCUGAAAGUUGCAGAUAAAUAUAUGGAGGAUAGGGCAUCCACUAGAAAACCUGGUUUUAUUAAUAUGAUCUACCAGACCCUGUUUUUUUCCUUCAAAUGAAAAGACAGACUGUCAUUUAGAUCUUAAACUAUUCCAGCAGUAGGAACGCAUGGAUUAUUUUUUUUUUUGCUAUGCACUAAUCAGUUGAAUGUCUUAAAAAAAAAAAAAUUUUAAAAAAAAUUGUGUCAUAAUAAGAUAGGUACAUAGUAUGAACCAUAUUGCUUGCAGAAGUAUAUGAUUUUUACUGCUUAAAGUGCUUGUUUUUAUCUUCUGGUACACAUGCAAUUUCUAGCUAAUAGCUGGAAGAGAAAUGAGGAUGUGCGAAGGCAUUUUGGUUUCUUGUGAGUUUGUAGUAAAACCCUAACAUGCAAAAACUAAAAUAAUCCCUUCACCUUUGUUUCAUCUGAGGAGACCUGAGCAUUUUAGUGGGCCUGUUUGGCUGAGGGCAUGAAAACACUGACAGGCUGGCAGCUCUGUCUCCAGCACAUCAGGUAUGUUUUAGUUGAUAGAGAGGUAAGCUGUAGUUCUUGGGAGGUGUUUUUGGUGUUUUGUUAACCUCCUUGCUAAUAUUAAUCCCACUUUUAUAUGUGAUUUCCUAACAUCCCAUGUUGUUAGGAUCUUUGCCAAAGUCUAUUGCCCUUAACAGCGCUCCACAGCAAAAUGGAGCCCUCAUCUUCCCUUAGGGUUUCUAUGAUAUUAUAGUUAUCUAAUAAUAAUCAGCCAACUGCAUGUUUUGGUGUCUAUACUUUUAUUUCUCUCAAUGAGAAAAUCUUACUCUAUCACCUGCCUAGCUACCAGUUUAGUGUAACUUGCUUUUGGUGUCUAAUGGAGGGCUUGUGACUGAAUGAGGGGUAAUAAUUUUGUACAUUAGUUUAGGGAGCAUGUUCUGCUUGUAAGGGACAAGAUAGAAGAUAAUAGGAAAAGCAUCGAAGACUUUUGAAGACUUUUGUCCAUGGAAGACAAGGGAUGUUAUCAGUGAUUUAAAGAAGUGUCAGAUUGGGCCCUAAAACCAGAGGAGAUCUGUAAGUACAGAAGAGCUAAGCUGUAAGAUUGGGGCUAUAAAAGUUGUUCUGACACAGUUAAGGAAGAUAAAGGCAAGGCACCAGAAGAAGAGAUGAUGUGGUGCAAAUUAAAUGUUUUGGAGGCUCUUUUGGCACUGGUUUGUUUAAAUAGGUUUAGGGUAAGCUUGAGACGAAGACAAGAUCCUUGACAGCCUACAAAGGCAAAGCCAGAUCUUGAAGAUACUUUGAAGGUGGCAGAAAUUGGACUGAUCUAGACAGUAUGCAGCAUAAGUAAAUAGAUGAUAGAUGUAAGCGAUCUUCAUCAGUUCAUUUAAUCACGCAGAUAAGCCUGGUAUCAAAACAGGUAUCUGAAACUAAAUUUGUUUGCUUAUCCUGGUCUCUAAGGCAUCAUCUGUCUCUGCUUCAGUUAAAAACAGCAGUCCUUUGAAAGUAUGGAUUGCUGCUUUAUUUGUCUCACUGUCCGACACCUAGCCCACCAGAAUCUAGCUCCGAGUUGAGAUUUUAUACCAAAGUAGGUGCUGAAGUUAAGUUGGGUCUAUUGUAUUAAGUAAAGAAUGUAAGGAGGGCUGUGGGCUCCGUGCCCUGUUCAGAAGCAGCAGGACCGGUGGCAUUGGCUGCUGCUUUGGCCUCUCUGCAGCCUGCAAAAUGUUGAAUCCCCAACUGUGUAGAUAAGGAGUUAUCACUGCUAUGUGGUUUUAUGUUUGCUGUCAAUGGAAAGAAACAAGUGGCAAGAUUUAAAUAAGCAUUUUUUGUGAAGUACUUUUUAUACAUCAUGCUUUGACAUUCAGAAGAUGGCUGUAAACCCUGUUAUAGUCAAUAGUUUAACUAUUUGGGGUUUGUGGUGUGUGUUGAAGGUAUUUUUUUCACAGUAUGUUUUUUUUUUUUUUAAAGAUUGUCACCUUAGAGGAACAAGAAUAACUUUAACCAGUACUACUUGGCUUGGUUUUAUGUUUGUAUUUGGAGAGAACGUACCAAAAAAAAAAUCAGAGCAUGGUAAAAUUACAGAAUGAGAACUGUGUCGAAGAACAAAUUAAUUUAAAAUCUGUUUGUAGUUUAAGUAUAUAAAUGAAAUGCAUAUCUUGUGGACUAUUAACAUAAAACAACCAACCGAAAAUGCGUAUAAACUCAAGUUCUGUUUCCUUAGUAAGUAAUUUUCAGUAAAAGCAUUCCCAGAGGAUUGGAUAGAAACGUCUAGCCUUACAUUUACUGUUGCAAAUUCAAAUUCAGGCAAUGGUACUGGUAAUUGAAAAUAACAUAAUUGUUCUUUUCUGGCACAGAUUAAUUUAGCAAACAAUCUAAAUAUAGUUUGUGCCGGACAUACUGUUAAGAUAUAUAACAUUAAGAUAAUUGGCAAAAACCUGAAAACUCUUGACAGUCACAGCAAAUUAAGGAACUUGAAGUUUUUCCACAAGGACUGAAACACGGUGAGCCUUUGUGUUUGAAGAAGCUUUUACUUGAGUGGUGGGUUUUUUUGGUCUAAUUUCCAAAUAAAUUCAAACCAUUAAUUUUUGUACCUUCCAGGAAAACCAGCAUGCAUUUAAAGCAAUUCACUCUAAUUUCAUUUUGUUUCUGUAUUAUUUUCAUAAGUUCCCUUUUUCUGAGAGAGGCAUUUUGUCAGAUGUAAUUCAGUGACCACAUAAAAACAUUGUUUGAGACUUGCACACAAAGGGUAUGGUAAGACACCCCCCCUUUUUUUUUUUUUUUUUUUCCCCAAAUCUGGGUGUCAGGAACUCCUUGCAUUACUGUUAUAUUAAGAGCUUAAAUCAAACUGCUUGUGAACUGAAAUAAGAUACCAUUGUAAUAAUCUGUAUGCUGUUAGAAUGAUUGUGGCUGCUACGUGUUCUCAAAACAAUGGAGGGUCCCGAUGCAGCCCUGGGAUUGCAAGGUGCUCACAUAAAUACCUAUACCACUUUUAAAGAUGUAUUGGGAUUUCCAUAUACCUUCUCCUGGUUUUGUGUUCCUUUUUUUGACAAAAAUCCUGGCAAGGAUUCUUUGUUUUCUUUCUCCCCUGAUGUGAAUUUUUUUUUUUUGAACUUUAAGGAAAAUUGCAUUGGCCUCUUCCCUCCUCCCCGCCCCUUGAUGGCGAGUGAAAGGCACUUCCAGAAUUUAACUGAAGAAUGGCUGAUUCAGCUAGAAAAUGCAUGAUGUUUCUAAGUAACCUUUUCUGUGAAGUUCUCUUUUAGUAAGUAAAAGAGUUAAAGUUCAAAGUCAUAAUUAAAAAAAUAAUUUUUGACCAUA